AUGGAGAUUGCCAAGUCAAGAUACCUCCUCUGCCUCAUGCCACAGGACGUCAACCUCUUCAAUGCCUUGCAGAUCAUCAUCAUCAUGCCAAUGCGCCUGCUCAAGCACAGAUACAACAUCUACUUCAAGGCCAACAACACCACACGCCACUGCUACAGCUCCAUCUACUGUAUCCUCAGCGACCAUCCCUCACAGGCGCUGUGUGCCAGAUUAGCACAGGGCGGCUGGGGGUCAUGCCAAUACUGCCACAACCUCUCAGCCUUCUUCCACGAGGUGGAAUGGCCAAUCAAGGUUGGCAGCCAAACUGUGCACCGGCCCCAGCGACACAGCAACUACUGGAGCGUCUACAACGCUCACAUCGCAACACUCAAGGACUCCAACAAAGGAGUCCAUGGCAAGGUUGGCCCUGCUGAUGAGAAAAUAAAGGUGCAUGGCUGGGGCCAACAGGAGGCGAAAUGGACAGCUUCCUGCAGGUCGCGGGUGAGCGAUCCGCAGGAGCGCGAGUGCUGGCAAAUCCACGUCGAUAUCGUCCGCCUCCUGCAGCAGGAAAGCUUCGACGCCAACGACCUCGAGAAGCUCGAGAAGCUGACCAAGAGAUGGAAACAUCUCAUGGUCAAGUUCUACGGCGGCGUUGCCGAGCGGCAGCGAGCGACGAGCUCAAAGAAGACGCGGUCGAAGAAGCGGUCGAAGAAGCGGUCGCGGACGGCCGAGACGGCGGCCAGCGACACGACGACGAGCGGAGAGAAGCCACUCAGCUUCAAAUUUCCGAACUUCGAGGUCGCGCAACACUGGCCGGAGUUGAUUCGCUUCCUCGGGCCCCCAUGGGUGCAGGACACGCGCCUGUGGGAGCAGCGGCACCUCGCGGCGAAGAUGACCGGGCAUAGGACGAACCAGAUCAACACCGAAUGUGCAAUUCUUGUGAAGACGCACCAAAAGGACACCGUCAUUUGCCACCGAGCAUACGCUGGGCUGCCCCGCGUGAGCUCUGUGGAUGGGUCCCGGAAGGAACCCUACACGCUCAGCGUUCGUGGCACAACAACCAGCAUCACGAGGGACCGCAGGCGCAACCUCUUCGACGCAGUCAGCCGUGAGCUGGGCGAGGGCGUCCAGAUAGCGGACGACAUCACCUCGCACAAGUCGGCCCACUACUACGGCCACUUCCUGCGACCAGGCGAUGGGAUCGCCUUGCGUGUUCCCGAAGACUAUCCAAACAUACGGUUCAUCAUCGACAACUCACGACACGCCAUCCUCGACGAGUCCGAGACGCAGUGUGUCGUGAUCGGAAGGAUAUCUCGUCUGCUUCGCAUUGCCUGCAACAACGUGGUGAAGGCGUGGGUCGAGCUCGAGCUUGGCGAUCUGCGCGGCGUCAGCGAUGGCUUUCUCGAGUUCCGGCUCAGCCAGCGACGGUUCUACCUUCCCUUUGGGUGGAAUGGAUGGACCGUCGCCAAGCGCGUCCACCUCGUGCAACAACAUGCGGGCUUGCUCUAUAACCAUCGCGUUAGGUGGCACCUGGGCGACAGGUGGGCCACACCGGCGAGCGGCGCACGACCAGCGGCGUGGAGCACGACCAGCGCGAUCGGCGGCGCGGAGCACGACCAGCACGACGACUAG